AUGACCGAUAGUGGAUAUCCAGCCAACCUGGUUACGGUGCAACCACCAUACCAUCCACCACCACCGGCUCCAGGGAAUGGAGAAAAGACAGAAGAGGAGGAAAAGAAAAUGUCGGACGAGGAUAAAUGCUGCUGGUGCAUGUUCGCGUGUGAUAUUUGCACCGAAUGGACUUCGAUUAUUCUGAGUUGUCUUUCUAGAUGA